UUAACCUGCAAAGAUAUAAAAUCUGACUGGAUCCGUUAUGAGUUAUUAAUGUUUAAACUGCUGAGCGGGUUUUGGUACCGGGGGUCGACUGAGUAUCUUAAAACUUAAACAUGAUUAGAUCGCGUUGGCCUGAAAGUUUCCUAUAAACUGAACUUGCUGCUCUGUAAAACUGCUGCUGCGCUCUGAUUGGCUGAUUCAGGUUCGGCACUAGGACACCUGUACCUAAUAAAGUGGCCAGCAAUGGACUAAAGUGACAGUUCUGCCCCCUGCUGGAAGAACCUGAGAACUGCAAGUUAUUGAGGAAAAUUAGGGUCAGAACUAUUCGUACCCCUGGUUGAUGGAGGUCUUUGAUUCUUGUGAUGCUAAUAAAGUUUUUUUUCUUCCAAAAGCUUGAAAGUUUCUUAAAAUGUGAACAAGUUUCACAUCGAAACGUCUUGAACAUGUUCGAGUCUUUUGGAAGAUUCUUGUCUUUCAUGUGAAGGUUGAUCUGAGGUAUGAAAACUUAUGAGCUCAGCUGCAGGUUUUCCAGGUGAUCAGAUGAAACGAUCCGUGUUUCUGUGGAGGUUCUGCUCACCUGAGCCGACCAGCAGUUUGGACCCGGCAGACGGAACCGGCCUGACCAGUUUGGACUCGUCUCGGUUUCUGUCUGAACAGAAGUUAAACUUUUAGACCUGGUUGACUCUUGACGUCAUAAACCAACAUCUGAUUUCAUGAAUGUCAGUAAUGACCUUAAUACCAGGGUUAAGAUCUUAAUGGACUUUUAAUAUAAGUUUUAAUGAAUCUUUGAAUUAAAAGUGUCGGUACCGACGUUCAUAAAAACUCCUUCAUUGCUGCGUUGGUCUCAUUCACUUCCUGUUAGAUUUUUUGUGUUAUUUUUAUUACAUUAGGUCGUUAUUCAGUCUAAUGUAAAUCAGUGACGUGCUGUGCUAAAACAUACUGAUUGCUGUGUUGAAUAUAACUGAUUGUUCACCUUUGGGAGAACUCUGGCCUGUGUGUUGAUGGAGCUGCCAUGUUUUUCCCAAAUGAAAGUCCGGCUCUAGCAGAGAGAACCGGACCUGAGGCUCGGAGGAGCAGCGGAAGUUCGGCCAUAAAAUUCAUGUCUGUGGUUCUUUUAUGUUCAUGGAAAAUAUCACUGCCCUUCAAAUAAAUCGCUGCCACUUUGGUUUCCUGGGUUUUGGAGGUUUGACGGCAUGUUGUGGUUUUUCUGUUUAAAGGAUUUAUCCGAACCAGAGUCCGGAUCUGCUGCUCCUUUAUGGGUUUAGCUGUAGAUACCUGCAUGAUUCAAUUCUCAUGGUUUGGAGAGACGCUGCGGUCAUUGACUGGUCAUCAGCUUUGGACUCUUUGCCACUAAUAAACCAUUAAUCUGAAUAUUAAUGUUUGCUGUGAUGUCCAGACCAGGUCUGACGCCAUCAGUUCCUUUCAUUUUAAACUUGUUGGUUGUUUUUAAAGUUUUAUUUCAGAACUGAUCUCAUUUCCUGACCUCUUCUCUCUUCGUCCUCCUUCAGGAAACCAGCAGGUCUCUAAACUCCCACAUCAGAAUCAACGUAAGGAAAUAAAUUCAGGCUCCAGUCGAGUUUCUGCGACUUGAGUCCUAAUCUGUCAGAAAACCAAAGACAAGGAGGCAGAAAGAUCCCGGAGUGAGGAAAGUCUUCAGUUUUCACCAGAAAAACUCAAACUGCUUCUGUGUCCAUAGGCUGAUGCAGGUCAGAACCCAAAAAUAAGAAACCAGCAGCCAAGUCCAGAGAAAAGGUUAAAAUCCUGAAGACGUGUUGGAACAUGCAGUCUGGAAGUUGAUGACAUGAGCAGCUGAACUUCAAUCAUCUCCAGCAGAAACGUGGCGGCGAUCAGAUCUCAGUGGAACAUGAAGAACCUGCAUCUGCAGCAAAGAGUCCAGCUCAACAUCCUGAUCCUCUCCGACCUCCAGCUGUCAGCAGAAACAUGGCGGCGAUCGAUCGGAUCUCAGUGGAACAUGAAGAACCUGCAUCUGCAGCAAAGAGUCCAGGACGAAUCAUUUUCUCUCUUCUUCUCCUGAUGUUCGGUUUUCUCUGCAUCCUCCAAUCGGUCCUCAACGUCUCGCUGCGUCUGACUUCCUAUUGUUCCCACUGCCCAGAGGACUCUGGCUCCGUCUGUCCCUCCGUCUGUCCCACCGUCUGUCCCUCCGUCUGUCCCACCGGGGAACCCAACCAGAACCCGACUUCACAAGCUGCGGGGGAGACGCCUGAAGCCCUGAUUGCACAGAUUCAACAGAUGAAAAUGCUGUUAUGUGUUUAUGGCAGCGAGGUCGAACACCUUGAUGUGAAUUUAACAGCAUGGCCCAGUUCCUUCAAGCAACAGUUGGCUACAUUUUGUCCAAGCAUCUACUACAUUUCCUCUGCCAGGGCGACAUGGGGGGACAGCAGGAACGACUGUCUGAACAGAGGAGCAGACCUGGUGAUCAUCAACAGCAGAGAGGAGCAGGACUUCCUGACUUGGUUCAAAAAGAGGCUUUGGAUCGGACUGACCGACGCUGAGAAGGAGGCAGGAUGGAAAUGGGUGGACGGGACUCGACUGACCACCAGUUACUGGGGUCAUGAUGAGCCGAACAGUGAUCUGGGUACAAACGAAGACUGUGGAGAAAUGAGAUUUUAUGAAUCGGAAAACAACUGGAAUGAUGUUCCCUGUGACAUGGAAAACUCCUGGAUCUGUGAAAGAAAACUGCAGGGAUGAAGAUGGGGCGCAGCAGGAAGACUCGCUCCGCCCCGACCUCUGACCUCAGCAGGUAAAGGUCCACCAGGUGGCGCCGGUCGGAGCAGGACGAUGUUUCAUGUUUCGGGUCGGACCCCCACUGGGUCCAGAGCUGCAGCUCCUUGUUGCUUCUUCACGUCUGAAACUGUUGAAGCUUUAAUCUGAAUUCAGCUUUGCUUUGAUUUUCACUUUAUUAUCUGUUAAUCUUUCAUGUCAGAAUGAAAAAUGAUAAUAAACUCGUUUCAUUUCUCCUGA